CCAUUUCACCUCUCUGAAAAAAAAAAAAACUUCAUCGCUGCUGUUACCUUUAUCCCUUUCCUUUUUUUUUUUUUAAUUAUUUUUUAAAUAUAAUCCAAAAUGGAAUUACUGACCGGCGACCGGCCAGUACCGAACUCUACAGACUUUCCUCAACAAAUAUCUCCUUUUCCGGCGACCGGAAACCUUCUCAUCUCCAAUCCAAUGGCUAACAUUCACUCAUCAGAUAUCGACCGUCAAAACUUGCCGCCACAGAAGCUCCGUCCUAUCAGAGCAAACGGCAGGUCCCCGUCGAGCUCUCAGAUAAAUGAUCUGUCGUUGGCGGCUGGGUUAGACGGGACACUGGAGAACUUAGGGCUUUUGGCAGACCAGGUGUGUGGGAUAAAUAGAGAGGCUUGCGAGUAUUUCAAGCCGCCAGCGAAAGCGGAGGCCAGUGACGUGGCGGUUACUGGCUUUGGGGAGCUUAGGGCUCCGUAUUUGGUGGAAGAUUCGGAGACAAUCGGAUCGGGUGCGGGUGCAGGGAAUCAAAACCCGAAUAGCGAGGGAGGUGCUUUGGUGGAUGAAUUUAGUUCAUCUUCAGAUGAUGAUUCAUCAGGAGCAGGAAUGAAUGAAAGUGCAAGGCGGAAGAGAAAAAGAAAAACAAGGGAAAAGCUUGAGAAUUUUUUGGAAAAUAUGGUAAGGCAAAUUUUGCAAAAGCAAGACCAGAUGCAUAAGCAAUUGAUAGAGACAAUGGAGAGGAAAGAGCUUGAGAGAAUAAUGAGAGAAGAAGCUUGGAAACAGCAGGAGAAAGAAAGGAGGAAAAGGGAUGAAGAAGUACGCGCCCAAGAGAAUGCUCGAAGCCUUGCCCUCAUUUCUUUUAUUCAGAAUGUGAUGGGCCAUAAAAUUGAAAUCCCUCAGUCUUUGACAACAGAGUUUCCUCUUGCACCUCAACCUUUGACAACAGAGUUUCCUCUUGCAGCAAGCCAUGGAGAAAAGGAUGGAAGCAGUAUUUGUAUUCAAAGUGAUCUGAAGUCUGAUCCAAGUAAUAGAAGAUGGCCAGAUACUGAAGUACAAGCCCUUAUAAUGCUACGAACUGCUUUAGAACAGAAGUUUCGAGCUAUGGGUGCCAAAUGCUCUAAUAUAUGGGAUGAGGUAUCUGCAGGAAUGUCCAAUAUGGGCUAUAAUCGAACUGCAAAAAAGUGUAAAGAGAAAUGGGAAAACAUCAACAAGUACUUCAGAAAAUCAAUGGAAAGCGGUGGAAAGAAGCGGCAUGAAAAUAGUAAGACUUGCCCAUAUUUUCAUGAACUGCAUAUUUUAUACAAAAAUGGUUUUGUCAAUCCAGGAAAUGCUAACAUUGAAAAUGAGGCCAAUAGUAGUAAGGAAUAAAGGAUAGACCUUAAAACACUGGUUUAAGCCUUUGAUAGAGAAGGAAAACAGGAAAGCACCUGAAAUUUACAAGAUUCGGAUCUUUCUUUGAUUGUGCUUUUUAGUCAAUUAAGGUAUCUGUAUGAUCUUUGGAUAAAACCUUCUUGAUGCAUUAGUUGUUUGCAUAUUGACUAUGCAUGAAAAGUUCUGUGACAAUUGUUGUCUAACAAAAUGGAUAGAAAAGAUUCAUUAUAGCUAAAUAUUCCUCUUCUCAGUUUCUUUUUCGUAAA